AUGGAUUCUUAUCCUCACAUUCUGCGCCUUCCUGGCAUCUCAGCUGCAACGACGAGCUUUCAAAGCGACACCAGGCAAACCCCUUCCGUUCCCGACGACUACGUGCUCAGUGAGGCCUUCGUUUGCCCCCUUGCAACAGCUUCCGCACCCGGCGACCCGACAGCUGCGGUAUCUAAGCUCAACGGUAUCGCCGCCAAAUACGCGCACUUUCAGCGAAGCAUCGCCCCGUGCGUGCUUGCGUCUUGCAACGACCUCGCGUCGCACCCAAAGGCAGCUGCGUCGUCUCGCACCGCUGACUUGUCACGGUCGCCUAGUGAAAAUGCGAAGUCCGCUAAAAAUGCCGAACGACCGAAGAGCAGCGGUGCAUCGAAGCCUCCUACUGCCGCCGCUGCAACAGUGUCCAUCCCGACAAGCUGUGCUCCGCCUGACUUGGCGUCGUUUUGGCUGGCCACCUCUCCUUUGCCACCAACAGCGGUGUUGACAGCGCUGUACAGCCUUCUGCCACUUCGCCGAGUAUCGGUCGUCGACAGCGACGCUCACGAUAACAGCAUCGUUAGUGAGACACGUGCUGGAGGUGAAGAUAGCGAAGUAAUGCGCGAUCGAAAGCCUUCCACUUCACUUGAGACUUUGUGGACUCUUUGCCGAUCAGCGGAGUCCGUUGAGAAGGACCAGCGACAGGUCUCCUUCUGGGAGGCGUUUUGCAUGACGGCGAUGACGGUUCACAGCGUUGCUGGAACGGCCACCUACGGUGGUAGCGCUGUUCCUUCACAGGAAUCUUCGUCUUCGGCGUCUUCCUUCUCGCUUUCGCAGCAGCUGCGUCGUGCCACGGCGGUGUUGGGCAGUCUUCAGCAAACCAGUGCCUCGGCUACAGCAGCUACGGCGCCCGUCUUAAGCCCUGGGACGUCGGUGCUGACAUGGCCUGAAGAGUUUCUGUGGAAUUUGCUGAUGUCGCUGCUUUCCGUCGUGGCGCUCGUCCACGGCGCGGGUCUUCACUUUUUUGGGCAGUUGACGGCGUCGAAUGUGCUGUGCUUCGCCUGCGCCUCCUCCUUACCUCGACUGCUGGAACAGACAUGGCAAGACGUUGUGGCGGCCAACGGGAUCCCAAAACACGUAGCAAGCAGACCGGAUAGCGUUGCCCUCUUUCGGCGGUUUUAUUCGAUUGCGGGCCAAGGUGUGCUGCUGCCACAAGCUUCGUUGACAUCGGAGACGCCGUGCCACAACGCCUUUUUUGUCGUUCGGCCCUCAUUGGAGUUGAUGCGCAGGCGUCUGCCACAGAACGGGGCGGACGGCGUCAAGGCUGCGAAAAGCGGAAAGGAAAGCGAGGACGCCGACGCGUCUGUGGCGGUCACCUCGGCCGCGCAGGAAGCUGCGGAUGAAACGCCCGCGCAGCAGGCAUGCUUUCAGGCAGCCGACCUCGCGAGUGUCGGUCGUCUGCUGACGACGGUGAUGGAGCUGCGCGCUCGGUGGUCGAGCGAGGGCGGCCAGAGCUUUUCUUCAGCAGUCGCCGCCGCACCCCCGAGCUCUGAACUUGUGUUUCUGGUGCGACGCCUGUGCGAGUGCGAGCUCACUGCCGGAUCGGCCGCCGCAGCAGCAACAACAAAGUCUUCAAAUUUGCCCCGCAGCGGCCCCACCGCACUUCAACUUCUUCAGCUGCAGGCGCUGCGGCUGCGGACCGAGACGUGGUAUUACCGCCGCGCAGCCGCCGAGGCGUAUGACCGACUUGCGCAGCUGCAACUGGCACAGCCCCCAUUGCACCCGGUCGAAUCUUCUGUGAUGCCCGCACAGCGGGCAGUGACGGAACCGCAGACGCAAGCAAGAACAACGAAGGAGGGGGAAGGGGAGGAGAAACUGCAAGCGCGAGAGGCAGCUGUGGCCGAACGAGAGGCAAAACUUGAUUUGAUCCUGCGCGUGUACGAGCUCACGCACGAGCACCUCGACGCGGUGAACUUGCCCAAGUCGCAGACGCCUUCUACCGAUCAAACGGAGUCAUCGUAUCGCCUUGACGAACGAGUUGAUAAGACCCCAGCACGCUCACAGACGCCUCGGGACGACUCCUUGGAGCCUUCGCUACCCGCGCGAACUUACCUGCCGACGACGAAAACGGCUGCACACGCGGCAGCGCUGCGGUCAGAGAGUCGCCCAACACCCAUCUCAAACAUCUCGCACCCGCCGCAACGAGAGGCCUUCACUCAUGCCACGGCGGACACCUCUGGAGAGAUGUUACUGGGGCUGUCCCCGCUCGUGCGCAUGUCCAACGCAGAGGACGCGGAUGUCACGUUGCUGUCAACCAGUGCAACCCCUUUUGCCUCCCUGUACGGGGCCGAUGAACGGUCUGCGAGAAGUGCGACGCACCCGCCGCCGUGGAGCGUGCCGACAACGCACCGCGAGCUGCAGGUUGGCGAGCCACCAGCGUACACCGCCGUCGUGGCAGAACAGCAAAGUACGGAGGAAGAAGGGGCCUCCGCCACCACCACGUGGGCAACGGAGGAGGCGCGACGAACGCCACAAACAGCCGUUGCUGCUCCUCAAGGCGCCGUUGCAGACAGCAACAAUGCACCUCGUGUUGUAGCUCGUUUGUCGCCGUCGUUGCCUGCCGGUGAACCAAUGUACACACCGUGGAAUGGGUCGCAAGCGCAGACCCAGCAGCCGACCCAGCAGCAGCAACAGCAUCAGAGCUUUCAUCCCUGGGAACCGCAAAGGCACCGCGAUCCCAACUCAUCGGCAAGCGCACCUGCGCCAGUCACGGUGGUGGAGGUCGAGCUGGAUGACAGCAGCGACAGCGAAGACGCUUCGAGAACGCAGCCAAACGCUUUCUCUUCUGACGCGGCACGGCGGUGGCGCACUCAACAUGUUGCGCCAGACGAGCAGCAGGUGGUGCGUGCGACGCCGCAUGGCGCGCAGCUCGUCGUCUCGCCGGACCCACAGCCUCCACCACCGCCAUUACCGCCGUCUUUCUUCUCUCCGACCUUUGCGUCCCCCACAUCGCGCUUCGCACCGGAUGUACAGACACCGGUGCGUGCUCCUUCGCUGCCAAACAUGGGCAUCGCAGAUGCAGACGUGAGUGGCGGAGGGAGAAGUCGCAGCAAGUACAGCCCCCUCGCGCAGCUGCGCUCUCCACCCUCGGCACGACGGCCGGCCUCAGCGAGCAGGAACGCCGAUUCAUCUCUUUCUUUGUCGCCGAACUCACCCGAGAGCUACCGGUCAUCCACCAUGCCGAGCGCCACGGUGGCUCCUGCUUACACGCCCACUCACCACCUACACAACUACUACUAUGCCCACCACGGACGCGCCACACGCAAGCCAGCAGGAGCCACCACCGCCGCCGCAGCGCUCGUCACGACGCCGGUCCGGCUCCCGCGGCAGCAGCGGCAGCGGCGCCCCCCUUGA